ACCUUGAUGCCACCGCAGUGGGUGUCACCGUUUGCAGUACCAUUCAAAGUCAGAGCAUCCAUAUACGACAGUCGACGCCGAGCAUUUACUGGCCUUCACAAUCGUUUCUAGACUGGACGCGAGUUUUCCAUCUGUAUAUGCUUCAUGGCUACACCCGCAGCCUUCUCCCGCCUUCAAUUAGCUGCAGCACUGCUUGAGUAUGACAAUGAUCCAACUAACCCUUACUUGCCUCUGGUCUCCGCCCAUGACAGCGCUAUUUUCGCUCAUCUCCGACGAGGUGUAGGGCAGUCUCGUAAGAGUACUGACUACCUCGGAGUAUCUGUGCCCAGUGAAGCAGGCGAUUCUACUCCGGGACACCGAAGGUCUAGAAGCUCCAUUGACGGCCUAAGGAACCCUUUCGGAGCUGAUGAUGACGAGGAGCUUGAAGACGAGGAAGCUGGGGAGGUAGAUCUCGCUUCAUGGGGCCUUGACCAAUUCAUCAAGGACAAAGCCAAAGCAAAGGGCAAGGCGAAAGCCAAGUCAGAGGUGUUGCCCAAUCCUCAUCCGGUAAAGAUGAUGCAUCGAAAUGCCCGGAGCGCUAUAGACGACGGACCUCGGGGAAGGUCGUCCCGACCAAUGAGUAUCGGGACUAUGGACGACUUUGGUGUUGGAGGUGCCUUCUUGGACGCUGAAAACACUGCUGGUUUAGACAUUGCUCGUCCUCGAUCUUCUGCUGACUUAGAACGGAUGCAGUCCCCUCAGCGUCCAAUGCCACGUCGCCGUGAAUCCAGCCACGCUCUCAUCGAGACAUUGUCUGUCGCACCCCCUCUUCAUUCUGUUCCACCUGCUUCGCGUGCUGACUUACAUACCCGUUCUCAAUCCGACACUAGUAUGGGCUCAAAGAACUUUCUGAACGGCGCAAAUGUUGAUAUGGAUGGCAGUCCUUUUUCUGUCCGACCCCCAUCACCUGACCGUGCAUCACGGUUUGAUCCCAAAGUCAAUCACGGGAGAACAGCGUCUAAUGCAACAAUGGGUACUAUGGCAUCCAAGAAUAUGCUUGCAGAGGAGAAUCCCUUUGCUGUAAGACCUCCCUCUCCUUCCCGGUUGUCACGAUUUGAUCCCAAAGUUCGUGCGCGAACAAUGUCCGUUGGGUCAAUGGGCACUCGGGUUCUCAUUGAUAACGACACCGAAGCAAAUUCACGCAGGGAUCGGCCUUAUUCCACCGUCGAGUUACUCAGGCCAAAAGUUCUGGUUAUGCCAAGCCCGUUGCAAAAUGUGGCUCCUCCUCCCCCUCCCCCUCCUUCUUUUACACCUAGAAUUGGGUUCGAAACAUCUACAGAUGGCCCGCCCUUGCCACCAGGUGCUCGCUCUGCGAACCGUUCGUCUACCUCUUUAACGAACUACAUGACUCCCGCGUCGGCACCCAUAGCAUCUAAUUCUUUCACUCCUAAUCCUCGAGCAAGUCUUACGCUGUCUCAACUCGCUUUUCGCAACACGCUUGUGGUCGGAGGGCAAAGAGAUAUUGCGUACUCUGACAUUGACCGUCGUCUUCCUCGAGUGAUGAAAGAUGGUGAACAAGCGAAGUUCGAAGAACCAGAUGAAGAAGAGUCUCCUGUGCCCGUUUCAAUACCCCUCCCUCCUGUCCCUCCUCCUACUGAGAUGGAAAUGAAACGUCCGGCUGGGAAGCUCUAUGGAAGGAGUUUGAUAGACAAUCUAGAACAUCGCAAAGCGGAGAUAAAGCAGAAAGCUCGUGUCUUCACUGGCGAUGAAAGACCAUCGAUGAUGGUCCGGGGUCAGAUUCGCCGAUCAAGUACUCUCAUUGACCCCCAGACCCUUGGUCGUCCCCCUUCACAAAAUCUUGACAAUGCGAUCAUUUCAAAUCCUCGCCAAUCUCUCUUACGCCGAAACUCCUCUGGUAGCAAGCCUCUCCUGGACAUGGAUGGAGAAAAAGCUCCCACGAAUCUUGGUCCAGGGGCGGAGCAGCUCUUAUCUAAAAGUCGCUCUGUUUUUGGUGUAGAUACGUUGUGGGAUCUUGAAAUGGUCAAGUUGAACAAAAUGGAGGCAGAAGAGAAAGCUGAAGUUGAAGCGCGGAAGAAGCGGGAAGAGGAGGAAGAGGAACGCCGGAAUAAGAAAAAGGGAAAAGGGAAAUCGAAAGGAAAGGGUGCCAUUCCGCUAGAGUCCACUUCUUCACCCGACCUCGCCUCUGGAUCACGAGUAGGUUCGGCCCCUCCCACUCUGCCUGCCAUCCAGAAGCCCAUUCUUAAGCGCGCACCUCAGGUCAACGACGAGAGUGAAAGCGACAGCGACAAUGGUGAUGCUGUGCCAAAGGCAGCCCUCGAAAAAGCUGCUGACCGCUGGGUUUCUGAGUCUUCGGACGAAGAAAAUGAGCUCAGACGGACCACUGGAGUUGGAUUACGGUAUCCAUCCAAUGCCAACGCAUCUCCUCAGUUCCCACAACCAAAUGGCGAUGAGAGCGAAGAAGACCUUCCUCUGACAGCCGCUGUUCAGCGCGUAGUCAGGCGAGCAUUGCAAUUGAGGUCAUUGGGCAUUGACGAUGAUUCGGAAGAAGACAUCCCGCUGACGGCAGCAGCAGCUAGGAUUGCCAAACGAGCUACUCAACUUUCACAUCAUGCGGACGACGAUGACGAGGACAAGCCUCUAGUAGAUGUCAUUAACAGAGCCAGAUCUGUUAAUUUCGAUGGCCGAUCCCGUGCGGAUGAAGAUGAGGACGAGCGGCCGCUUGGUCUACGAGCCUCUAGGUUACCACUGGCUUCUCAGACAUCAUUGCCUUUCGUUGGCGGCGAAGAAGAUGACGAUAAGCCACUGGCCUUCCAUCCUGAGCAACAACGUCGAACACAGUACCAGAUGUUCGCCCAGGCUCAACAGCAACAACAAAUGAUGAUGCAAGCUCAAAUACAGAACAGCAUGUUUUUCAACCCCGCCAUGAUGGGAUCCGGCGUUUUCACGCCUAUGGCUGUCCCUUCGAUGAUGAUGGGCGUACCAAUGGCUCCCCCUUCACCUCCCCCAGCGCAUGAUGCAGGCAAGUAUGGUCGUGUGGACAGGUGGCGACGUGAUGUUGCUGUGGAGGGUGAGUGAGAGCUGAGCAGUUUGGGUUAGGUUUGUGUUUCUUCAGCUUCAUAUUUACUUUUUAUCGCAGGAUUUUUAUGGACACUCUUUGGACAUUCGCUCACUUUUUACAAU